AUGCCACCCCUCGCACACCUCUUGUCUGCUUUCCUCCGCAUUGCGGAGAUCUCGUUCGCUGCUAUCGUCGCUGGAAUAAUCGGCAAUUUCCUGUAUGAAUUCGAACUUUUCUCAGGCGAUUGGAUCGAUGCACGCUGGAUCUAUACGGAGGUAAUCGCGGGCAUAUCCAUCGUGCUGGGUCUGAUAUUGGUGAUACCUUUUGCGACGAGCUUCUUUGCGUGGCCUCUCGACAUCCUCAUAGCCCUCUCCUGGUUCGCUGCCUUUGGGAUCCUCGUCGACGGUGCCGAGAGACUCGAUUGCGACGGGAAUCCGUACUGGGUGAUCUUCCUGGGAGACUCGUUUUGCGAUGAAUGGAAGGCUGCUGAGGCCUUUUGCUUCUUGUCUGGAGUUGCUUGGAUAGUUUCCGGUUUUGUGGGGGUUUGGUACACCUACCUUCUCCAUGAAGCCGUCGCUGCAAGAGGGUCUCGUCGCCGCUGGGCCAGUCGAUCACUGGUCUAG